AUGGACUCGACAAAUGAUGAUAGCAUCGAGCUCCUUCCCACGAAAACACCCUCAGCCAAGGUCAACAAACGCACGACCUGGGAUUCUACAAAGAGUUGGUACUCUCGAAUCGUUCUCCGAUCGGGCUCGCGGUAUAUUCCAUUGGAGCUCCAGCCACCCUCUGACUCCAAAUUCUUCCAUGGGUGGAGAUUGGGUGCUCUAGUCUCGGGGAUUUUUGUCACGAUAUGCCUAUGUCUUAACAUCGCGGCCACUGCUUACAUUCGAACCAAGUAUCCGCCUGAUGAGGAUGGGCUAGGCGUUAUUCUCGGUCAUGACUGCGGUAAGAUCCGCAGCAUUGACAGCCGCUUUCACUAUGCGAUCAAUGUUAUUGCGACCGUCCUCGUCAGCGCAAGCAAUUACAACAUGCAAUGUCUCACAGCGCCAACGCGCAGAGAAAUCGACUCUGCUCAUGGACGGAGAAGGUGGCUUGAUAUUGGAAUUCAUUCAAUGCGAAACUUGUCGCAUAUCAAGCGACCCAAAGCGGUAUUCUGGCUGGUGCUUGCGCUGAGCUCAUUGCCGCUUCACCUUUUGUGGAACUCGGCAGUUUUUAUGACUACCACAUUCAACGACUACAGCGGCCUGGUAGUCACGCCGGGAUUCCUGGAAGAAAGUGCUUCGAUUGGCCUCGACUGUGGAAGCGAUGCGAUGGCGCAAUACAAGACUUCGGACCAGCCGAGCUACGUAACUUGCUGGCUGCGCAAUCUGGCCCUAGAAACGCCCAGAAACAUGACCCAGAUGGAGCCCAAAGAUUGCAUGUCCACGUAUGGAAGUGGGCUGGAGGGAGGGACUUUCAAUCUCCUUGCUGUCACCAAGAAUGGCAGCAACCCCAAGCAAUCGGAUACGUUUCCACCACCGCACAAUGCCACACUGCCCGUGCUUGCUUAUUUCCAUCCCCUAGACUAUCCACAGACGGUGCAGGAUUGGUGCUCAAAUAAAUGUGGGCAUUGGAGCCAUAACGACACCAGUCAAAAAUAUUGCUGGGAUGCAAAUUGGAACCAAUCAUCUACGCUAUUUUCUUGUAUAGAACAUAUGGUGAACGGGACAGGUUGGCAACCAGACCCGAUUCCACAAGUCACAUAUUGGAUGUGUGAUCUAGACUCGAUAUUUUACGACCAAUGCAGCAGCUCAGCAGCUCAGAAAAACUCCAGCAACUGGGCCAUCCUACCAGAAUCCUAUGAGAUCGACUAUUGUUUGACAACGAAUGCAGAGCACGAAUGUCAGCUGAAGUACAGUCCAAUGAUCUUGUACAUUGCUAUCGUCUGCAAUGCGGUAAAGUUUGCGUCAAUCUUGGGAUGCCUUCUCAUGUCUCGAGAGCCAAUAUUCGCAACUAUUGGCGAUGCCGUGGAUUCCUUCCUUCGACGCCCAGACCCAGCGUCAAAAGGCCGGUGUCUGAUGUCAAAGUUAGAUGACACGAUUUUUCCUGGUGUCGAUGAGACUGGCGAGUACAUUCCGUUGGAUUCUUGUCCCCCGCAGCCUUGGGUUGAGGGUGGAAUUUGGUUUGGAAGACAUGGGACAGUUCGACGAUGGGCAGGUUGCAUAUUCUUAUGGCUAGCAUGUGUUAUCGUUGGAGUCGUCUUCAUGAUGAAAGGAGUCAACCUUGUUGGCAUAAAGAACGCCUUCACCUUGGGAUUCGGGGCUCUUAGUCUCAACGCCAUCGUCGCGAAAUCCGGUUAUGAGGGUGGUACCUCUAGAUCGAUUCUCACCACUUCUUUGAUUGCCAAUCUUCCCCAACUUCUUCUCUCAGGACUAUACUUCAUGUACAAUGCGGUCCUCACCAGCAUGACUGCUACCCACGAAUGGAGCAUGUUUGCCCACAAAAGGACCACUCUCCGAGUCACUCUGCCACUAGGCGCGCAACGGGAGACGUAUUGGCUCGGACUUCCCUGGCGAUAUUCUCUACCCUUUUUGGCAUGCAGUACUGUGUUUCACUGGUUGAUAUCACAGUCUAUCUUUCUAAUCAACGUCACAAUCUACCAGCCAAACACCGAGGUCCUAACGGAACCAACCGCUCAGUUCCCUGGAGUGAGCAAUACGGGCAUGACGACAGCCUGUGGAUAUAGUCCACUUGCCAUUGCGUGUGCGCUUGGGGUUGCAUUGGGGUUGUUAUUGGCUUUGAUGGUCUUGAGCUCGCGAAGGCUGAAGCCAGGGAUGCCCGUGGUGGGUAGUUGCAGUCUUGCUAUAAGCGCUGCAUGUCACCCUCCUAAAUCAGAUGAAUCGGCUGCUGUCAAGCCACUACUUUGGGGCGCUGUAGCACACGAGGAGAAUGGGAAACCAGGUCAUUGUUGUUUGACCUCUUUUGAGGUGGAGAAGCCAAGGAAGGGAGCUUUAUAUGCUGGCUGCUAG